AUGUUUAAUCUGAGUGCCCGCAUGUUUGCUUGCAUUAGCCUUUCAGACUAAAUGGACAUUCAGGCCCUAAUUGCAGUUCACUGUAGCUGGUUAUACAUAUACAUUUUUCUCUUCUGUUACCGAAAUAACUCUACAGCUUUUCAGAGCGUUAUUUUUAUGAUCAUUUUAUACACUUGAUACAUAGAUAGUGUUUCCCCAAUGACUUUUUUUCUAGCAGUUCCGUGAGAUUUCCCAGGCUUACGGUGCAACUCAAUGUUGCAUGCUCAGUCACACGGCUGACUCUUGGAACUUUGCUACAGCUGAUUGGCACCUCAGCUUGACUCACCGAUGUUUGUUACAAACAUCUCAUGCGUACUGUAAAGUCAGUCAUCCACCACUUGUAGGUGUUAACCACUGGCUACGCAUGAGUUGGGGCAGUGAACAACACUGCACAAGGCUCCCAUAACCCCCCCCUGAAACAACUAACAAUGACAUAAGACAUUACAAGGUGACUUAAAAGCAAAAGCAAACGAGUGCAACCAUGUAUGAAAGUUUCCUGCCUGAAUACGACCAAUAUAACAAUGAAGAUUUAAGCUAUACUAUGUAGGAUUUUGUGGCCCUUGUAGACUCUCUGUUUGUAAACCGUACUCACACAUCCAUCGUCCUUAUAAACCCCGCUUACGAACCCAUCAAAGACACACACUCCAGCCCUAUAAGCAAAAAGAAAGGGUAAGACAUGCAAAAGCUACCCAACCUCGGCAUCUAGCUGCGUAAGGUAACUAGCUAAAAGUAACGUUACUUACAGGUCCAACAGAAAGCAGGCCAACUCCACAUCGCUUUUCAUCCCCAUAGAGAACUUCAGCUGAGGCCACUGAAGAAAAGGAUGAGUGGAGGAUAUCAUUAGUACAGCACCAGCAGGCGAAUACACUAGCAUGCUCUUCAACUUUGGAUUUAUGGAUACUUCAGGAUGAAAAGGCUCAGGUCUUCAAGCAGCAGUGACAGUUCAGAUAAUGAGAGUCCUUCAACCUCCUUUUGCUCUUCCAACAAGUAUGGAAGCAAACCAGAAACCCCCACUACCAUGCCAAAGAAACCCGCGGAGGUGUUCCGAAAAGACCUGAUCAGCGCCAUGAAGCUGCCGGACUCCCACCAUGUGUCGCCUGAGGACUACUACCUGCUGGCGGACACCUGGAGGCAGGAGUGGGAGAAGGGCGUUCAGGUGCCCGCCAGCCCCGACACCAUCCCCCAGCCGUCUCUCAGGAUCAUUGCGGAAAAGCCCAAGGAGACCCUGUUCUCUCGCCAGAGGAAGUACAUCCAGUGCUGGAACCCGGAGCCCACUGAGCCAGGCUACGUCAACAUCCUGGAGCUGGCAGAGGCCAUGUGCCGCUACGACCUGGACGACAUGGACCUGUACUGGCUGCAGGAGCUCAACGCCGAGCUGGGGGAGAUGGGCGAGGCUGCGGUGGACGAGCUGACCAUGGAGCGCGUGAUGGAGGCCCUGGAGCGGCAGUGCCACGACAACAUGAACCACGCCAUCGAGACGGAGGAAGGCCUGGGCAUCGAGUACGACGAGGACGUCAUCUGCGACGUGUGCCGCUCCCCCGACAGCGAGGAGGGCAACGACAUGGUGUUCUGCGACAAGUGCAACAUCUGCGUGCAUCAGGCUUGCUAUGGCAUUGUCAAGGUGCCGGACGGAAACUGGCUCUGCAGGACCUGUGUCCUGGGCAUCGACCCCCAGUGCCUGCUGUGCCCAAAGAAGGGCGGGGCCAUGAAGGCCACACGGGCCGGCACCAAGUGGGCCCACGUCAGCUGCGCCCUGUGGAUCCCUGAGGUGAGCAUCGCCUGCCCCGAGAGGAUGGAGCCCAUCACCAAGGUGUCCCACAUCCCCCCCAGCCGCUGGUCCCUCAUCUGCAGCCUCUGCAAGCUGAAGACGGGCGCCUGCAUCCAGUGUUCGGUAAAGAGCUGCACCAUCCCCUUCCACGUGACCUGCGCCUUCGAGCACAGCCUGGAGAUGAAGACCAUCCUGGACGAGGGCGACGAGGUCAAGUUCAAGUCCUACUGCCUGAAGCACAGCAAGACCAAGGCCGGCGAGCCGGGCCUGAGCCCCGCCCGCCACAAGGCCCCCAGCGACACCGAGAAGGUGGGCCUGCGGGCCCAGAAGCUGAAGGAGCUGGAGGAGGAGUUCUACGCCCUGGUGCGGCCCGAGGAGCUGGCCCAGGCCCUCGGCCUCCCCCAGCUGGUGCUGGACUUUGUCUUCCAGUACUGGAAGCUGAAGAGGAAGAGCAACUUCAACAAGGCCCUCCUGCCCCCCAAGGAAGGGGAGGAGAACCUCCUGCUGCAGCCCAAGGAGGACAGCGUGCACACCCGCAUGCGCAUGUUCAUGCACCUGCGGCAGGACCUGGAGAGGGUGAGGAACCUGUGCUACAUGGUGAGCCGGCGGGAGAAGCUCAAGCUGUCCCAGAGCAAGGCGCAGGAGCAGAUCUUCAACCUGCAGGUGCAGCUGAUCAACCAGGAGCUUUCUGCAGGUCUCCCUCUGUCUUACACACUGGACAGCGCCUUGUUCCGGCCGCCCCCGAGAAUCACGCUGAAACUCAAGAUGCCUAAAGUGACACUGGGGAACGGGAAGACCAGCUCCAAAUCGGGCAACGGACCCCUGUGCCCGGACACCAGCGGGAACGUGUACGAGCGGAGCGUCGUCGGGGGCGGGGCGGUCCCGACGGGGAAGUCCCAGCACUACGCGGGCCGGGUCCGGAAGGAGGACCACGCCAACGGGCUCCUGGCCACCUCGGGGCGAUCCCGCGCGGAGGCGGAGGGCGUGGCCGGCGGGGGCCCGCCGCUCCCCGCCAAGCCGUCGGGCAAACCGCUGGCGCUGCACGCCGCCCUCCACGGCCGCUCCGCUAACGGGGGCGGCGGCAAGCUGGAGGCCCCUCAGCGCGCCCGCCCGCCCAAAUCCAACGGGGUGAUGGAGAAGCCCCUGCCCCAGAGGGACGCUUCCUGCCAGCUGGGGCCCGCCGCCGCCGCCGACGUGGGGACCCUGGGAGGCCUCCGGAAGCCGGGCGUGGAGCAUUUCGGCAGGUCUCUCAAGGAGGCCACGGUCUGCCUGGUGCGGACCCCCGAGGACCUGCGGGGCCCGGACAAGCCCUCCCGAAAAGGCUCCGGCAAGGAGCGGCCGUGGGGCAAGUCGGCGCCCGAGCGGCACGCCGGCAAGGCCCCGUCCUACCAGGAGAACGACGGGUACUGCCCCGACCUGGAGCUCAGUGACUCGGAGCCGGAGGCCAAGGGGAAGCGACGGCAGGCCAGGGGCCCCCCCGGGGGCGGCGGCGGCGGCUCGGGGAAGGAGAGCCCCAGCCGGGACUACAGCAGAGGGGGCAGCAGGGGGAAGCUGGCUCUGGGCUCCAGAGCGUCGGUGCAGAGGUGAUGCCCCCUCCCACCACCAUCCUCCGCCCCCCCCCUUUCCUUCCGUGCAUCGGCCACAGCUCUGUUACUCCUCCUCUUUUUCCUUAAGAUUGUCACAAGUGCCAUGCUGGCCCCGCCCUCUCCCCCUACUUUCCCUCGCAUUCCUGUUCUGUUUUACGCGCUUUGUGCGCCGUGGGGGGGGGGGGGGGGGCGUGUCUUGCUGGGGCGUGGCUGGAAAGCCGAUCUCCCAGGCCGUAGAGGCGUGCGCCAGAAGACCGCUGUUUCGUGGACACCCCCCUUUCCCCCCCAUCUUCAGUUGAUGAUGUCAUCUUUUGUUUAUUAUUCAGUUUGUCUUUUCGACAAAUUUGUCAGUUUUUCACCUCAGAUGGGACGAUGCGUCCGCCAAGUCGGCUCCAUCCAUCGCCUUGCCCCCCCCCCCCCCUUCCCAAUGACACUGUCAGUACACUGUUUAUUUCUCCCUGAGCAAGACGAGAGGUCGCAAUAUUUGUCUGUCUGUGUGUCGCUCCUUUGCCUUUGGCUCCUCCACACACUGCUGGAUUUUAAUCAUUCAAAAAAUUUGUUGCAACAGCGACCAUGUCUUACCAUGGGGCAGAGCUGCCAUUUUUCUGGAACUGUGUAAAUAUUGAGGGUAACGAAAAAUAAUAAUACAAAUGUCCAUUUCUAUAUGUUGUAAAGGAAGGGUGGGCUCACAGUUGGGGCUGCAAAAUUUGGCGAAAUUCCUGUGACAACGAAAGAUGACCCUUGUGUUUAUUAACAAAUAAAGGUCUCGUGCAAAUAGAAGACUAUUUGCUCAGAGACUGUGUAACAUG